UCCUCCUCAUUGUUCGGCUGCUCCUGUUGUCUCCAGCCUCGAGCGACUGAUAAUCCCAUUGCCUUCGGUUCUAAGAGUCGCCCAGUGACCCGGCCUGGAGGAAGGGUGUGGUGUGCAUUACAGCUCUCUACCCGUUCCCAGGAGCAGAAGAGAAUGGACAUAUCCCAGGGGUCGUUGUUGUUUGAGGACGUGUCUGUGACCUUUACCCAAAAGGAGUGGCAGCUGCUGGAUUCCAGUCAGAGGCGCCUGUACAGGGACAUGAUGCUGGAGAACUACAGACACCUGGAAUCACUGGGUCUGUGUGUCACAAAGCCUGAACUGAUAUGCAGGUUGGAGCGAGGAGAAGAACCAUGGAUACCAAAGAGUGAGCUCCCAAGUCACAGUCACUGGGACACUCAGAGAGCCAGUAACAUUAAAGAAAGUCAAGAAAAUGAAGAUAAAUAUUUGAGACAAGUUUUAUUCAUCAGGAACAGAACACUGAUGAAGGACAGAAGUAAGACUUUAGGAGAAAUGUCUAACUUGGCCACAGAUCCAGUGCCCUCAAGAACAAGAUCCUAUAAAUGUGACUCAUUUGGAACAAGCUUAAAGAGUGUUUCAGAAUUAGUUAUUAGCAAUAGAAACCAUGUGAGGAAAACAUUGGAUGAUUCCAAAGGAUGUGAGUCUCUUGACACUAAACAUGAGAACACUCACACAAGGAGUAAAGCAUGUAAAAAUGACCAAAAGAAGAAAUCCCAUCAUCCUAGUGAAGACUUUACUCACUAUCAAAAUAAUUCAUCUUUGGGACAAUUUCUUGGCUAUAAUAAUUGUGGGAGGGCAUUUCCCAGAAAGACAGUCUUUGUUACACAUGAGAGAGCUCACACAAGAGAGAAACCCCCAGAGGGCAAUGAAUAUUCACGAGCCUUCACCAGAAAGUUAAAGCUCACUUCUUACCCAAGAACCCUUAGGGAAAGGAAGCCCCAGGAAUCCAGUAAAAAUGGGAAACCCUCAUGGAUGAAGUCAAAGCAAGCUCAUGAAAAUGUCCAUGUAAGAGACAAGCACUAUGAAGAUAAUACAUUUGGGAAAUCCUUGAGCAAGAAAUCAAAUCUUACCCAACAUCAGAGAAUUUGCUCAGGAGAAAAGCCCGGUAAGUACAGUAAAAAUGGCAGAUCCUUAAAGAAGUUGUACCACACUGAGACUGAGAGAACUCAUGCAGGAGAGAAGAUAUAUGUCUAUAAAAGACCGAGGAAAUCUCUUCGUGAAAAGUCAUGCCUUACUCAGCAUCAAAGAACGUUCACAACAGAAGGACCUAGCAAAGAUGCUAAUGGGGAAAAAGCCUUAAAGAAGAAAUCUCACCUCACUCUAAGUAAGGGAAUGAACACAAGAGAGAAAAAGUGUCAGAGUAAUAAAUGUGAGGAAUCUUUUCCCAAGAAGUCAAAACGUAGUCAGCAAGAGAGCACUAGCUCAGGGAAAAAUUGUGAUGAGGGUGAGGAACGUGAGAAGGCCUUAAGUAAGAAGUCACGCUUCAGUGAAAACCAGAGCACCCCCAAAGAAGGGAAAACCUAUGACUGCAGCAAGUGUGGAAAAUGCUUCUGUAAGAAAACAGAUCUGACCCAGCACCAGAGCACACACACAGGGAAGAAGCGUUAUGAGUGCAGUGAGUGUGAGAAAUCCUUCUUUGUGAAGUCCAACCUCACAGAACAUCAGAGAACUCACACGGGAGAGAAGCCGUACGAAUGUAAUGAAUGUGGGAAGUCUUUCUGCCAGAAAUCAGCCCUCACAGUACACCAGAGAACUCACACAGGAGAGAAACCAUAUAAAUGCAGCGAAUGUGGGAAAACCUUCUGUGUAAAAUCAAACCUUACUCAACAUCAAAGGACCCACACAGGAGAGAAACCCUAUAAAUGUAGCGAAUGCUGGAGGUCUUUCUGUGUGAAAUCCAACCUUGUGGUGCAUCAGAGGACUCAUACAGGGGAAAAACCCUACAAAUGUCCUGAGUGUGGGAAAACCUUCUAUGAAAAGUCAGCCCUCACCAAACAUCAGCGAAUUCACACAGGGGAAAAACCCUAUGAGUGUAAUGAAUGUAAGAAAACCUUCAGCCAGAGGUCGGCCCUCACCAAACAUCAGCGGAAAACUCACAAGAAGAAGACUGCCAUCAACACUGCCCACAUGCAGAAUCCUGUAUCAACAAGCCAAACUCAGUGAACACCAGCAAUCAGAGGGCAGAAACCUAACCUAUCAGCACAAGUAGCAAAGUCUUCAUAAAGGUUUUAACUAAUAGGAGUUAGAGAAUUAAUAAAGGAAUGAAAGUAUGGAAUGCUUCAAACCUGUGAAUGCUUUCAACAGGUUUUUGAAGUUGUUGAGGGAAAUAUAUAAAUUUGAAAAUAUGAAUUAAAAUGUUCUUGGGGAAAUACUGUUUAACUAGAAGUCAUUUCAGAUGUGAUAUCAAACAUGACAGAAAAGAAAAGCAAAAAUGUCUUUCUAGAAAUUGAAACAUGGGGGGCUGGAGGUUUAGCUCAGCAGCAUAAGCACCUGCCUUGCAAGCAGGCAGUCGUGAGUUCGAUCCCCGGUACCGAUAAAAAGGAAAAAGACAAAAAAAAAAAAAAAAAAGAAA